AUGGAUACCUCUAAGCCUAAUCUAAUCAAGCCAAGCAAGCGGGAUAGAACGAAUGAGAACUUUGAGAAGGCCAGAGAGAACCUCAUGUGGCGAUGCGAUGAAAUAAGCCGCCGCUACCAGUCAGACGUCUAUAUUGUGCUGAAGAGGAGAUGCAAGCACUAUGAAUACAGUUCUACUGAUGACCCGGCAUGGCCGAUAUCUAGAGCUGAUAUGGAGAAAGUCUACCCCAUGCCCAUGAGGAAGACGGCAGCCGAUUUUGUCCGCCGCAGAGGCCUCCGAGAUGGUUAUUGCCGAAAAUAA